AGCAAUCUUGUUUUCUAUAAUACAUGUAAAAUGUUUAUCGUUGAUUUGAUGAUAAAAGUGAUCAUGUUACUUCUUUCCAAUAAUUCAUAUUAAUCAAUGAAAUGAAGGUAACAUCAUUAAUAUCAAAAAUAUCACUAUCUGAGUCAGGAUCAGUAAGAAAGAAAGGGACUUCAUCAUUUCCUUUGCCAACUGUGGGCAACUUGUGACAACCUGUUUUUUCAUCUCACCCGCUGCAUCAAAAUCAAGCUCCACUGUGGCAAUUGCAAAAUUGACGUGUCUCAGCUUAAAAAUUACCAGUUCAUACCUGUGAUUACUUAUAUUAUUUGCUUGUUUAAUUUUAUUAAUUUUUUUCAAUCAAAUUCUAUUUGUACUAAAUAUGAUGACCAGAUUGAGUUGGUCUACUGGUUUACCAGUAUAUCUAUUAUUACUAUCCACAGUUGUCCACUGUGAUUCUGAGGAUGGUGAAUUGAAAAUUGAUGUUACCCACAAGCCAGAUAAAUGUGAGCGUAAAACCAGGAAAGGUGAUAUGCUCAAAAUGCAUUACAGAGGAACUCUAUUGGAUGGAACUGAAUUUGAUUCAAGUUACUCUCGUAAUGAACCUUUCCAAUUUCAAUUGGGUAUAAAUCAAGUUAUCCAAGGUUGGGACCAAGGGUUACUUGAUAUGUGUGUUGGAGAAAAGCGUAAAUUAACAAUUCCAUCACAUCUUGGUUAUGGUGAUAAUGGUGCUGGUGAUAAAAUCCCUCCUAAAUCUACUUUAGUCUUUGAGGUUGAAUGUGUCGCUAUCGAAGAUGGUCCACCACCGGUUAACGUUUUCAAAGAAAUCGAUGCCAACGAUGACAACCAACUUUCUAGAGAAGAAAUUAGUGAAUACCUUACCAAGCAAUUACCAAAUGUUCCAGACUCAACAUUGAAAGAUCUUCCUGACCAUGACAAUUUGAUUGAGGAGAUUUUCCAAAAUGAAGAUAAAGAUAGGAAUGGGUUCAUUUCUCAUAAAGAGUUUACUGGACCUAAACACGAUGAGCUUAUUCUCAACAUUUUUCGAUUCUCAAGGCCUAAUUCACUAACCAGCCUAAUGCCAAUAAGCAAGGACACAAGUGCUUUAGAAUUGAAGGAACAAGGCAACAAAUUAUUCAGUCAUCAGAAGUAUCAAGAAGCCCUAGAAUAUUAUUCCCGUGCCAUCUCCUGUGAUCCAGCUGAUUCCAAGUAUUUCACCAAUCGUGCAUUGUGUUACCUUAAAUUACAACAAUGGGAUCUGUCAUUGAAAGAUGCUCGACGAGCUCUUGAUUUGGAGCCUAAUUCAAUCAAGGGUCACUUUUUCAUUGGUUCAGCAUUACUAGAAAUUGAACAAUAUGAUGAUGCAAUUAAACAUUUAACGAGAGCUUCUGAUUUAGCUCGAGAGCAGAAGAAAAAUUUUGGCGAUGAAAUUGCUUCCCAAUUGAGGCUAGCUCGCAAGAAACGAUGGAAUCAGUUAGAAGAGAGGCGAAUUAAAGAAGAAAUUGAACUACAAACUUAUCUAAACGAUCUCAUUAAGAAGGACAAAGAGCGUCAAUUAGAAGAAGCUCGUACUUCUACCAAAGAUGGUGAAAAAUUGUCAAUAGUUGAGAACCAAAUCGAAUCUAAAAGUCAUCAGUAUCUGACAGAACUGAAUGCUUUAUUCUCGCAGCUCGAUGCAAGACGAAGAAAAAGAGAUAUUCCAGAUUAUUUAUGUGGUAAAAUCAGCUUUGAAGUCAUGAUGGAUCCUGUAAUAACACCAAGUGGUAUAACAUAUGAUCGAAAGGUGAUUGAAGAGCACCUACAACGCGUUGGACACUUUGAUCCAAUAACAAGAACUCCGCUAACUGCUGAGCAACUGAUACCCAAUCUUGCCAUGAAAGAAGUGAUUGAUACUUUUCUCGCGGAAAACGAUUGGGUAACAGAAAGUUGAAAAGCUUUAAAAUAUUACCAUAAAAUAUAUACUUUAAAACGAGAGAAAUGUAAACAAAAACACACCUUUCUAAAGGUAUUAUAACAUAACACCGAUUAAGAUAUUGUAAAGAACUUUUAACUCUUUCUUUUUCCCUACUUCAAUUUAUUUUAUAUCCCUGCAUUAAUCAUUGAUGUCACUGUAAUUGGCUGUUUUUUUCUCUUUUUUCAAUUGAUUCCCUAAACAAGUUUAUGUGGCUUGUAAAAGGUGCAUUAAUGUUACUACAUUUAAAAAUUUGUUUCCAUUGAUUCCGAAUAUUAAAUCAGUCAA